ACCUUCACUCUCCACACUUUACUCUCCACUCUUCAGAGCAGUUACGGAAGCUUAUAGCUGUAGUCGGAACUCCAGAAACUGAGAAAGUGCCUCAGAAUGUCGAAGAGCGGGGAGCUAGGCGAGAGUUCCGCUCCGCGGCGAGGAGAGCCGUCGCUGCCGCCGCCGUCGCUCUCCUCUGCUCCACGAGUUCGAGCACAGGCGGACUCGUUCCUGGUGACCUGUAGAGUUUUCAGCUUCAUUACUUCGCUGGCGGCUAUUCUCUGCAUCGUCGUCAAUGUUUACUCCGCCUUCCGAUCCUUCAAAAAUGGAUAUGAUGUGUUUAAUGGAAUUUUCCGGUGUUACGCUGUUGUGAUUGCCGUUAUUGUGGUCGUUGCUGAGACAGAAUGGGGGUUCUUCAUCAAGUUCUGGAAGGUGUUGGAGUAUUGGGCUGGUAGGGGUAUGCUGCAAAUCUUCGUUGCGGUGAUGACAAGAGCUUACCCUGAAUCUUAUGGACAACGACAUGAGUUGCUGCUUCUCCAGGAUAUAGCAAGCUACUUGCUUCUUGCCUGUGGUGCAAUUUAUGUCCUAUCUGGAAUAUUAUGCAUUGGUUUUCUCAAACGGGCUCGCCAGAAGAAAGAAAUUUCUAAGGAGCAAACAAUCAAGGACCUGGAGGAUUUAGAGCGUCGUAGAGAAGAGCUUGAAGCAUUAUUGCUUCUAGAAAGGGUAUAGUAUGGAGCCACAUCCUUACAGAGUUAGAGCUUGGAAAGCCCGCAGAUGUAUAAUCCUCAGAUUUGGUUUUUGCAUGAGUGAAACCAUUUCAUCACCCAGAGGUCGAAUACUAACCAGUUAUGCAUGUCUAAAGGCUGAAUGGUACAGGAAUUAUUUACUCCACCCCUUCUUUUCUGUUUUGGCUAGUUUUGUUUGAAAAUAACUGAUUAUAUGUAGUUAGAAUGAGCAUAUUGAUGUUUUAGCUCUUAGACUGUUAAGUUUUGCUUGAUGUGGACAACAUCAAAGGGUAAAAUAUUAAAUUGGAUUUUCUCAACGUUAAAAGGAUUUUGAGACAGACAGACUAGGGGUUGUGAGAAGACUGAGAACCAGAAGAAUUACUGCAAGAGGUCAUUAGACUGUUUGGGACUUUGGGUAUCGCUCCCUUUGGUUU